CCUCUCUUUCGGUCAGCGGUAGAAAGACGGCCGCCAUAUUGUGCCGAAAUUCCUGAGAAAUGUAUCAAACAAAUUUGCUUUUAUAGGUCUAAAACGUCGUUUCUGGUUUUCUGAACUUGGAGAAAAUAACUUAAAACAAAUGUGACGUUCUCAAGAAGGUCUACCGUUUUCCUCUAUGUGUUAUAUGAAACAGUGCAGUCGGGAAAGGAAAUCUUGAUUAGCAGUAAGAUAUCCUUCGCCGGUUCCCGAGCGUUUGGAAAGCUCUCGUUACUAGAGCUGGGGGAACACGUUGUGGCUACAGACGCGGCAUUCAUAGGUGUGAGAGAAUGCCGCUACCGAGCCGAGCCAGAGUGUAUGCAGAUAUCAACACUCAUAAACCACGAGAAUAUUGGGAUUAUGAAUCUCAUGUUGUAGAAUGGGGUAAUCAAGAUGACUACCAAAUUGUACGCAAACUGGGACGAGGGAAGUACAGUGAGGUGUUUGAAGCUAUCAACAUCACAAACAAUGAGAAGUGUGUGAUAAAAAUUCUCAAACCUGUGAAGAAAAAGAAAAUCAAAAGAGAAAUUAAAAUUUUAGAGAACUUGAGAGGAGGAACAAAUAUUAUCACUCUCCUAGCUAUUGUCAAAGACCCUGUGUCAAGAACACCAGCUCUUAUAUUUGAACAUGUGAACAACACAGAUUUCAAGCAAUUGUACCAGACGUUCACAGACUAUGAUAUAAGGUUCUAUUUAUAUGAAUUGUUAAAGGCCCUUGAUUACUGCCACAGUAUGGGGAUCAUGCAUCGAGAUGUGAAACCUCACAAUGUCAUGAUAGAUCAUGAAAACAGAAAGCUACGCCUUAUAGACUGGGGCCUAGCAGAGUUCUACCACCCAGGAAUGGAGUACAAUGUACGAGUAGCCUCUCGAUAUUUCAAAGGUCCAGAAUUGUUGUUAGAUUAUCAGAUGUAUGACUACUCUCUAGACAUGUGGAGCCUAGGGUGUAUGUUUGCCAGUAUGAUCUUCAGAAAAGAACCUUUCUUUCAUGGUCAUGACAAUUAUGAUCAGUUGGUGAGAAUUGCAAAGGUUUUAGGAACAGAUGACUUGUAUGCAUAUAUUGAAAAGUACCAGGUAGAAUUAGACCCAAGGUUUAAUGAUAUUCUGGGAAGGCAUUCAAGGAAACGAUGGGAGAGGUUUGUCCACAGUGAAAACCAACAUUUAGUAAGUCCCGAAGCCUUGGACUUCCUAGACAAGUUGUUGCGCUAUGACCAUCAAGAGAGGCUUACAGCUAGAGAAGCCAUGGAUCAUCCAUACUUUUAUCCUAUAGUAAAGGAACAGGGUAGAAUGUCCUCCAUGUCAGGCCACACUUCUCCCACACCAGUGUCGAAUGCGGCAACGAUUGGAGGUCCAGCAGUCAACAGCGGUGCUGUGGGUGUGUCCAGCUCACCGGUCAUGACUCCCAGUAUGUCGCCCCUCCCUAACACUGCUGCCACAGCGCAGACCUAGACUUCUGCAGCACCUGCCUGCCUGCCCGCCCGCCUGACUACCCCCACCCCUCUAGUACAUGAAGAGGGACAUCAGACUUUCCUAUGGGGGUGGGGGCUCUACCUGCCCACCCACUUGCUGCCACCUGUAUUCAAUUGGUAGAAGGGAGGGAGGGAGCAAGCCUGUGGGCCUACAAGAGAUUGCAGAUGAAUACAAAACUGACUGACUCAAUUUGUGACUUGCACUGGGGCUUCAUUCAUAGGAUGGAUGGAAGAUGGUUUAGUGAAUUAAAAAAAGACUGUCGCCGUGUCAUCAUCUCAGUUAUUUCAGUAGUGCUGCAUGCACUGUUAAGCAAACCUCAUCUUUUGUCCUCCCUGAUCGUCUCAUAGACUGUAAUGUAUUUGUUGGUUAGUGGUUCUGCGUUCCCAGUGGACUCAAAUUGUACUUAACUUAUUUGUGAGUCUGUAAUAUGAUAACAAAUGUGGGGCCACCACCUUAUUUUCUCCCAGACAAUGAAGAAUCAUGCCAUUCAUUUGACUAAUGUUAUUCAUAUAUGACAGAAACAUGGGCAAUUGAUUUAUGUUGGUAUCCCCUCAGCUCUCAUUGUAUUAAUUUGCAUGAUCGCAUGAGAUGUGUCCUCAGCAGAUUGGUAAAGCAGUUGAAGUAGUAGGGUGUGCCUGCCUGCCUGCCUGCCAGGCUUUUUGUGUUAUUUCAGCACACCACUACAUGCCUACAGUUGCUGGUGCUUCCAUCUGCUGCUAGCCUGUCUGUCUGCCUGCCUGCCUGCCUGCUAGCCAUGCAGCAGUGUCAAGUCUCAUGGAUCAGCAUGUACAACUUCUGCUCCACAGUUGAAUCUGACGGUUAUUCGACAGCCAAUAUGACCUAACUAAUACAGACUUUGUGUUGCAAAUUGUGCCGCAUUCCUAGCAAUGUAGUACUGGUAACUCUCAACUUGUAUCCUGCUGGCAAGUGUAGCACUUCACAAGGGUGUAACUGAAUGAUCUGUACUAAUACAUAUACAUGGUCUAAGUCAUUAUUUAAGGUUGGCAGCUGUGAUGGCUGUCGUCCCACUUGUGUAAGAUAUGGAUAUGACAGGUCUUCAUCAUGUGACUUUCAGUGUUUCAAAGCAGGGUAUUUAUAACCUGAAUGAAUCCAUGUCGGUUGUAUCGCACAGAGAAAUGUUGUUGGACUUGAAGCACCUUCUACUGAAUCCAGUUCGUCAUCUGGGUCAUUCAGAUAUGCUGUUACCUACUGUAUUACUGGUACAUACUUGUGUUUCUUUCACUUAGUUUUAACCUUAUGUUAAUCUAAUUAAGAAAAGCUUCUGCAAGUGAAUAUUUAUGUGUCCACAUGAAGUAUGAGUGUUCAUGAGUAAAUAAUUUACAGGUCGUCAUUCCUCAGAUAUUGUAAGUUUAUAUGUAAUGUACACACAUUAAAAACAGAUUUAUAUAUUAUCCUUGCUUUUGUAAUUGAUUGUAAAAGUAUGUCACUAUGGUUUGAAAUAGCACAGACCAUUGGAACCAGAUCUCCAAUUGCUUCUGUCAUGAUGGCCUUACCUCAUGUUCUUCCGUCUAAGCCAGUCAUUGAUAUUACAUGAUUGGCAGAUAUUUACAUUUUCAGUGGAUCAUAAUUUAAUCUCUUAUUCACAGUCAUAUAGUAUCAAGAUUUCAGGGAAAGGGAUGAUUGGAAUCAAAGUUGAUGUGUCUACUGGAUCUGUCAGGAUUUCAUGUUUAGCUCACCAGACCAAAAUGGAUGGAUGGGCGUAUGUCAAGACAUAUUGUCCGGCAUCCAUUGAUCAUGUUCAUUUUCUGCACUUAAAAACAGAAUGAAGUAUAUUUAACUGUCAAAGUUCAAGACAUGAAAAGCUGUUUAAACCAAAUUGGAUUGAGAAUUACCUUUUAACUAAUUUCCCAUGAAGUUAAUUGUACAGUAGUGAAAAUUUGAUGCAACUCAAUUCACAUCAGGUUGAAGGCAAAUUUGAUGGUAAGUUAACAUUCUAUUGAUGUGCCUCCCGUUCAAGAUAGGCUCUUCGGUGACAUUUUGAAAUGCUUUAGUCAAUACUAGUUCAGGAAUUCUGUUUUCCAUGCAUAUCAUGUAGGGUAUCUCUGACUUGCUGUGCUCACAUGUCUUGUUUCUCAGUAUAACAAAUAAGAAAAGACUUGAAGGUGAAGUGUUUUAUGAGGUAAGAUAAUGUUCAUGCUCUUUGAAUUAAACAAUUUACUGUUUGGACAUGAAACAAAUGAAUUAACAGUGUAUGUUACAAGGUAAUCAAUAUUUGUGUUCAUGCUUUUAAUAUAGUGACCAACAGAUUUAUUUUCAAUGUUGAGCUAUUCUUUGUGGUAACUGGAACUGUAUGCUCUUGUUCAUUCAUAUAUUGACAUAUAAUCAAUCUUGAAUCUUAAACAAAAUGUGAGCAAUAGACCUAUUGGCUCUAUUUUGCAAGAAGUCUAAAUUCUCAAGGCUUUAAGUUCAGAAUACUUUGAAACCCUUUCGUUCUGUGAUUAUCAGCAAUAUUGGAACUUUGUUAAAGGGCCCAAGUAUGUUUAACAAUAUGUAUUUCCAGAGAAAUCCCAUUAUUGUUUUUGUAAUUUAUAGUCCAUUAUAUUUUUAAAGGCAAGAUUAUUUUGUUUGAAUAGUUUUCAUGGGUUUUGUUUUGUGAUAAGAAAUGGUUCUUCCAAAUUAUGACCUGUGAAUGAAAAUCAGUUUGUAUGACGUGUGUUUGACAUUUUGUCAUCUUCAUAACAUAGCUGGGCUUGUCUAAUGUCUCAAAAGUCCAAAAGUCACUUUCACUGUCCAAACCUUACAUAACAUAUUCAAAUGCUGCAGUACCUAACAAGUUGUGGAUCACAAGAAAGGAUCUUGCACAAUAAAACGUCACAUUUAACCUUCAAGGAGUCGCUUAACAAACAUUUUGAUUAAUCUUUUACUCAUCCUAUUCCUGGUCAGAGAUUAUUAACCAUUAGAAAUAUACAAGUUAACAGUAAUUUAUAGUUAAUGUUUUAUGUUAUUAAAUUGGUAAUGUGAAGUACAGUUUUCCAAAUACUAUCAAUAGGAAGCUAAAACAAUUACAGGUGUGGCAGUGCUGUUUAUCUAGCAAUGCCAUACCUAUGAAAUUUGCCGCAAGGAAAUAACAGUGUGUAAUGCAUUAAUAUAUCAUCGGUUUUAACAGCCAAGCUAAACUAUUCUGGGAAGAUUGACAGUGUAAGUUGAGACAGCUUUACAAAUUAAUGGUUUUAGUGAUACAAGUACUCCCAAUAUUCUCAAAAGGGGCACCAGGGUUGUGACUAUUCAAUCAAAGAUCAGUAUGCCAAAACUAUGAUUAUUUCAUUUGAGUAUUUGAAAGCCAAAUCGUGAGUUCAAUAUACUACUCGAAGUACACCCAAUUUGUUUCAUAUGACUUUAUUAAUCUGUCAUGGCAUGCCAGAUUUAUGAUGGUCAUAUGGAAAAAUCAUGUGUUCUUUGACUUCUUUUGAGUAGUAUAUUGCAUAUAGUCAGAUAAGGAAUGAUAUAUUCCUUGAAAAAUACUUUCUCUGAAGCUGUUGUCUGGGUGAGAGAAGUUUGAUUUCAUACAGUUACUAUUGUGCUGUGAAAUACUCAAUAAAGGUGAAUGCAUUUUGGUUCGAAAAGAUUGUAUCUUACUUUAGAGAAGAAAUGUUAAAGUUGGUUUCAUGUGUUCUAUUAUCUGUGUCUGUGUGUACAGCUUUCUUUGGAAUAGUGAAUGCCUCCCAAAACUACUAGCCAACGCUUUGCCAAAUGGAUUGGAUAGCGUUCAGUCUCAACAUUGAAUAAAUAUAUUUUUAACUGUCAUUCUUUGUAGGCAUUAAAAACGUAUAUUAUUUUAAUUAAAUUUGUUGUAGCAGAUCCCGUCCCAUGUGGCGUUUUCGUGUGACUAUUUUAUCAUGUACAUCAUAUACAUUGUGUGCUGAGGUUUUGUAUUUUCUUGCAUUUAUUUGAUCGAACCCUGUAUCAUAUUUUGUUCCUAUCAUGUUGUAAAAUAAUUAAGUGAGCAAGUUUUGUGGAUUCACUUGAAGUUAUUGUUGCAAAAAUGGCAUGUGACUGUUUUUGAUUGUCUGCCCCGCCUACCCCCAGCAAGUUACAGUCUACUGUCUUUUCACUCAGUUUUCUAUCGACAGAAAACCGCCUGGGCUAGCAUUCUGUGGCUUGUUGAGUGCGACUCCUCACACGACUCUUUGUGUAUGAUGUCACAUCUGACCUUGAACUUGUGUCCCCCUAGCCACAUGCUAUGAUGUGUGCUUGACAGACACGGCACCAAAUACAACAGUCUGUUCCUUGUCUUUGUUCUCUCGGUUGCAAGUGGCUGGAUGAUGCCCAUUGGUUGACUGAGGAUCAUGUGACUGCAGAAUUGCUGGAAGCUCUUGACAUAAACUUCGGACAACUUGGUGCCCACAGCUGUUCAGCUGAGUGGAGUGAUAAGAGUAGCUAUUUUUGCAGUCAGAUGGAUUAAUACAUAUGAAAUAAAAUGAAUGACUUGCGAAAGAAUA